AUGGCACAGAACGUUCAGAACGUAACGCUGGCACUGACCCUGCCGAUCAGCUGUCACAUCUGUCUGGGCAAGGUACGACAGCCGGUCAUUUGUGUCAAUCAUCAUGUUUUCUGUUCGGGUUGCAUUGCCUUGUGGUUGAAGAACAACAACCAAUGCCCAGCCUGCAGAGUCCCUAUUACACCUGAGAAUCCCUGCAAAGAUAUCAUAGGUGGGACAAGUGAAAAUGAAAGUGUGCUCAGUCAUUCAGUACGAAAACAUCUCCGAAAAACUAGACUUGAGCUUCUUCAGAAAGAGUAUGAGGAUGAAAUUGAGUCCCUAUUAAGAGAGACAGAAGAACUAAGAAGAACUAAUCUUACAUUAGAAGAAAGGCUGAAUAGAGUCCCUGAUCCCAUCACCAAGUCUUCAUCCUGCAAUUGUGGAAACAGGCAAGCAGGGGACAAGAGCAGUGUUUGUGAUAAACUGCUGGAGGACUGGAACAGGAAGCUUGAAAUGGUCAAUGCUGCAAACAAAAAAGUUACAGAAGACAUUGACAAGUUAAAAGAGGAAAAUAGAAGGCUGAAAAAUGAAGAUGUGGAGCUGGUGAGAGAAAACUUAAGGCUGAAAAAUGAAGUGGAACUCCGUUCACCUCAAAAAUUUGGACGGUUUACAGUGGCCGCAUUGCAAGCUAAAGUAGAUCAGUUUGAAAGAGAGAUGAGCAGACUUAAAAAAGCUCUAGAGAGGAGUGAUCAAUACAUAGAAGAACUGGAAGCACAGAUUGUGCAGCUGAAAAAGCCACCAGAGGAUAAGCAAAUAGAAAAACCUCAGUGUGGAAAUACUGCCCUCAUGGAAGAACAUUCUGGAAGAGCUGCAACUAAUCAUGUGUGUCAAGAUAUUAAUGCUGACAAAUUAUUUCCAAACCACAGCUAUGAAAAUGGGAUCUAUUCUGAUGACUCCAAAGGCCUUUGCCCCAAUUCAGCUAAAUUAACUCAAACCCAGUCUAAAACUGUUAGCUCGCCUAAACUAAAAUAUGGUUUACAUACCGCUUUGUGGAAUGGUGAGGAGCAAGCUAGCUUGGAUACAGACAGUCCAGACAAGGGCAUAGUUUCAAUGUCCCAAGCCUUGGGUAGCCCUUCUUCAUCCUUACCAUUCAGCUCUCUUCAGCUAAACACACCAGACAGCAAAACCAGCUCUUUCAGCAAUACAAAUUUAAAAAAGCCACUAACAUACCUUAGAAAACUAGUGUUUGAUGACUUGCCUCAAAGACGAGAACUUGGCAAAAUGGCUUCUUCAAGGAAUGAGCACAAUGUAAACAAUACUAAUGGAACAACAGAACCUGGGCAAACAAAUGCAGUAUUUUCAAAUUUUUGCCAUAUUAAUGGAAACCCACAGGGCAAGAAGUCUGAAAAGACAGACUAUGAUAUACAGUUCAGAAAGCAAGAGACAAAUGCAGCUGAUCAUAUUUUAAGCAGGCUACACACCAUAGGUGGAGAAGACUUAAACCACCCUGGGACCUCAUGUGAAAACUUUGUGGAUAUAAACUUACCUUAUGACAGUGUUGAUCCAACAAAUGCACCAUCUCUCCUGGAAAGCCAAAGAAAUCGUUUUCAAACAAAUGUUCCUCAUUUGAUACCAGACUGGGUCAAACAUUUUCAAAGUGACUCUCCAGUCCACAUCUGUGAAUCUUCUGAAAGGACUACAUUGUCCCCUAAUGAAAGCAGUAAACAAACGAAAUCAUCUGCUGUGUGCAGCUCACUGUCCUCUUCUUCAGCCGAUCAUGAAGAACAAGCACAAAUGUUUACUGAUGGGUAUAAUAUAGAUUUCAAUAACCACUCAGACUUCAAUGUUUUACCUUGUGUAUCCCUACAGCCUACAGAGGAAGUUAAACCUCAGCCUGAUUCUGAUAAGGUAUUCCUUCCAGGACAUAUUUCAGAGGCAGCAUGUCUAUUUUCCACUCUUCAUCAAACCUAUAGUGGGAGUCCUCCAGCAAAACGAAAGCUGUUAAACCCAUGUAAUAACAGCCCUUCAAAAUCCUCUAAACACUGA